UUAACGGGGCACAAUUAAAGUGUUUUUUAGAUUGUUUAUUAUUAUUUUUCUUUUUAUAAGUUUCGUAUUGUUGUUGUUAUAGUUGUAUUUACUUUUCACACAACUUUAGUAGAUUUAUUUCCGAUUUGAUUUAAUGUGAUUUUUUUUGUUAUUUACUCUGAGAAUAAGCGCAUAUACAAACGUAAAACCAACGUGGUUUUUCAAUAUCUUCAGACAAACAUAGAAACUUAAAAUUUUAAACUGAAAACCCGUUAACUAUAAAACUUUGUUUAAUUGCUGCAAAGGCAAUAGUGAUUUAUUAUUACAUAGAAAAUUUCGUCAUCUAGCAAAUAAAUACAUAAUAAAAAAAUAAUUUAUAAUUACAGAAAAUAAAAAAUACAAAAAACAAACAAAUAAUAGAAUCAACGGCAAAUGAUUCACUGUUAAAUACAUGACUUCAUUUGUAGGAAAAUUUAAGUGCAAUUUUUGUUUUUGCUGCUGCAGUUGCUGUUUGAAAUCUUAGUCAAUUCAUUCGGUUUUUUUAUACAUUCCAAAACAACUUGAAUAUUUAUUUAUUUAUAAUAGAAAUAUAAUAAAAAAAAACACUCAACAUGAUGUUUGUUUUCGAAUUGCUGAAACCAUUGCUGGUCUAUGGUUUUGUUAUAAUUUUCACAAUAUUGACUAAAAUAUUUAAAACAAUUGUUUAUCAAGUGCAUUCUAUAGAUAUUUAAAAAAAGUUUUGUAGAAUGAAGAAAUAAAAAAAGUAAAUAACCAACAUGUUUUCGAAAAGUAUUAAGAGGAUGAAACGGCAGUUACGAAUAUUGGAAAAUGCAAUACCUCAUACACACGCCAGGUACUCACCAACAUAGAGCACAACAACUUAAAAUAGAAAAGCAAUGAAAGAACGGAACUUCAGUAAAGUGACAAAACAUGUGAGUUAAAGGAAAAACAAUUUCUAUUCCACCAACUCAUUAACAAAAUAAAAACGAUAAGAAAAUUACCACAACUAUCAACUAAACUAAAUCUAUUGUUGGUCAAUUGCUCGAAUUACUCGACGCGUCAACAGUUAAUGCAAUAGCAAUCGAAUGAGAGACAGAGACAGCAAGAUAAUAAAUGCGAUAUUGGAAAUGUGGUAUAGUAAAGUGAUUAACUAAUGAGCUCUUAUAACUAAAUAAAACUAACCCAAAUACAUAUGAACAUAUUUAUACUGAGGGUGUCUUUCUAACUAAUCAAAGUUCCAUAAAAGUGUUGAUAGUUGCGAUAGCAAAUUAACUCAGUAUAGCACGAUAUCAGCGGUGUUGGCUAAGGAAUCAACAUUUUUGCUGACUAACAACAACUAUUCGACUGGAAGUUAGUAAAUAAUAAAUUUUUAAUAGAACACUUGAACACACCUCAGUCAGUGUUAAUCUUCGGUAAUGGUAGGAACGCAACGAGAACCAUUAGUACUACCCACUAAUAAUUUACAUGUAGUGCAAACAACUUUACCAAUAGAACAUCAAAUUUAUCCAAAAAAGAACUUAAUGAAUCUAAAACAAUGCAAACCCAAAAGAAUUUUAAUUAUACUCAGUAUAAUCUGUGCCAUUAGCAUAGUCGCCUGGUUGUAUGUCGACCAUACGUUACCGGAAUUUAAUCAAUAUCGUUUAGUGAAAAGUUAUGAUGGUUCAACUACGAAAAAUGAAACAAAUAAAUUACGUUUUAUAUUAUUGUGGAAUGAUUUUUUUGGUGAUACGCGCUGGUCUUUACCGGAUGACUUAAAUGAUCCAGCUUUUUUUCGUCAAGGUAUGAAAUGUCCCAUCUCCGAUUGUGUACUAACAAAUCAAAGGGAUAUUAUGCCUCAUAUCGAUAUGUACGAUGCCAUACUAUUUCAUACGGCUCAACCAUUUCCACUGGUGAAUUCCAUACCUAAACGUAGAUCUGGAAAACAAUUGUAUGUUUUUGCUCUCAUGGAACCACCUGGUGAAACAAAACAUAUUUUAAGUGAUGAAAAUAAUUUUUACAAUUUAACCAUGACUUAUCGCAUGGAUUCGGAUAUAUUGUGGACAUAUAAUUUUUUCAUCGAUAAAGAGACCGGAUUACGUAUGACACCUUCAGAAUAUCCACAAUGGCGUGCGGUUCCCGAUAACUAUAAUGAUACAACUGUAUGGGAAUUGUGGCCAUUAAAGACUAAAAUGGCUGCUUGGUUUGUAUCACACUGUGAAACAUUAUCACGAAGAGAAAAACUUACUGAAGCUUUGCAGAAAUAUAUGGAAGUCGAUGUGUUUGGAAAAUGUGGACCGAAGAGUUGUCAAAAAGGCUCAGCCGAUUGUGAUAAAAUGCUAGAUGAAAACUAUAAAUUCUAUUUCUCUUUCGAGAACUCUCUCUGCACCGAUUAUAUAACAGAAAAAUUAUAUAAUAUCCUACGUCGUAAUAUCAUACCAAUAGUUUAUGGAGGCGCCAACUAUGAACGUUUUUUACCACCACAUUCCUACAUCAAUGUCGAGGACUAUGAGACUCCACAAGAUUUAGUCAAUUAUCUUAUGUACCUGUCGGAUAGACCCGAAGAAUAUAUGCGCUAUUUUUGGUGGCGUCAAUAUUACGAUUUAAAAUUCUAUUCUCCCUUCUGUGAUUUAUGUAAACGGUUGCAUCAACCGAAUUACUUUCAAAAGAUACAAACUUAUCAAAAUAUUGAAAAAUGGUGGUUGGAUGGAAGUUGUCGUUUUCGUUCACGUAUUAAAUUUUGAAAAUAUGUAUAAUAUAUAGAAACUGUAAUAUGUAUGUAUGAUUAUAACUGAGAGUUUGUAUAGUAUUAGUAAAAAAAAUAGUAUGUAUAUAUUUUGUAUGAAAAUUUAUAAGAUUUGUAUUGUUCAAUUUUCUCAUUAUGUUAAUUUUUAAUAAAAAUAUGAAUAUUUAAUAA